AUGUCGGUGCAGGUGGCAGCCCCCGCCGUGGAGCUGAAGGAGCUGAGCGGUCCCAUGGAUAAGGCGACGGGGCCGCCGUGUGAACCGGUGACCGCUCACCCUCCCGGGCACGCUGUGGUCGCGGCUCCCUGUCCGCUGCCGGCUACGGAGCGUGAGGCGGCCCCGGCCCCGGCGUCCUCCUCCUCCUCCUGUGGUGGCGAGCGGCCUCCGCUGAGCGGCUGCCCCGGGCUAUCCUCCGCCACCGGGUUGCCGCCGGGAGCCGCCAAGGUACCGCAGGCUUCGGCCAUGAAGCGGAGCGACCCGCACCACCCUCAGCACCGGCACCGCGACGGCGGCGACAGCGGCGGUGCCGCGGCCGAGGCUCUCGUCAGCCCCGACGGCACCGUUACCGAGGCGCCGCGCACCGUUAAGAAGAUCCAGUUUGCUGACCAAAAGCAAGAAUUCAACAAGCGCCCGACGAAGAUUGGCCGCCGUUCGCUUUCCCGCUCCAUCUCGCAGUCCUCAACAGAUAGCUACAGCUCAGCUGCCUCCUACACAGACAGCUCUGAUGAUGAGACCUCCCCUCGAGACAAGCAGCAGAAGAACUCCAAAGGCAGCAGCGAUUUCUGUGUGAAAAACAUAAAGCAGGCAGAAUUUGGGCGCCGAGAGAUUGAAAUUGCUGAACAAGAAAUGCCUGCGCUGAUGGCUUUAAGGAAGAGAGCUCAGGGAGAGAAGCCACUGGCUGGGGCCAAGAUUGUGGGCUGCACACACAUUACAGCGCAGACAGCUGUCCUAAUGGAAACUCUUGGUGCAUUGGGUGCGCAGUGCCGAUGGGCUGCAUGCAACAUCUACUCUACUCUUAAUGAAGUGGCUGCUGCCCUUGCUGAGAGCGGGUUCCCCGUCUUUGCCUGGAAGGGAGAAUCUGAAGACGACUUCUGGUGGUGCAUCGAUCGCUGUGUCAACGUCGAAGGAUGGCAGCCCAACAUGAUCUUGGAUGAUGGAGGCGAUCUCACUCACUGGAUUUACAAGAAAUAUCCCAACAUGUUUAAGAAGAUCAAGGGGAUAGUAGAGGAGAGCGUGACUGGUGUCCACAGGCUGUAUCAGUUGUCCAAAGCAGGGAAGCUCUGCGUCCCAGCCAUGAAUGUCAACGACUCGGUCACAAAGCAGAAGUUUGACAACCUGUAUUGCUGCAGAGAGUCCAUCCUGGACGGCCUUAAAAGGACAACAGACAUGAUGUUUGGAGGAAAGCAAGUAGUAGUUUGUGGCUACGGGGAGGUUGGAAAGGGCUGCUGUGCUGCUUUGAAGGCCAUGGGCUCCAUAGUGUACGUGACAGAGAUCGAUCCGAUCUGUGCCCUCCAGGCCUGCAUGGAUGGAUUCCGGCUCGUGAAACUCAAUGAAGUCAUCAGACAAGUUGACAUCGUCAUCACCUGCACAGGCAACAAGAACGUAGUGACCAGGGAACACCUGGAUCGGAUGAAGAACAGCUGCAUCGUCUGCAAUAUGGGGCACUCCAACACCGAGAUCGACGUGGCAAGCCUGCGUACACCUGAGCUGACCUGGGAGAGGGUGAGGUCCCAGGUGGACCAUGUCAUCUGGCCAGAUGGGAAGAGAAUAGUCCUUCUGGCGGAGGGCCGCCUGCUGAACCUGAGCUGCUCCACUGUCCCCACCUUCGUCUUGUCCAUCACUGCCACCACGCAGGCUUUGGCUUUGAUAGAGCUGUACAACGCUCCCGAAGGCCGCUACAAGCAAGAUGUGUACUUGCUGCCUAAGAAAAUGGACGAGUACGUGGCAAGCCUUCACCUCCCAACGUUCGAUGCCCACCUGACAGAACUAACUGAUGAACAAGCAAAAUACCUGGGGCUGAAUAAGAACGGACCUUUCAAACCAAACUACUACAGAUACUAAGUUCCUGCCGCUGUAUCCCGGAGAAUCGCGAGGAACAAGAACCCAAGUCUUUUCUCAACUACUGUACAGGAUGAAACAGCGCAAGCUUCCUAAGUUAGAGCUGAGCUUGCUCACAUAGUAGACAGUGUGUUUAGGUUAUUUAUUUAUUAAAUUAGAAUACUGUACAUGCGGCCUCUGCCACUGGUGUUCGUACUGCCACAGGACUGGGAGACGGUGGAUUUCUUUCCGUUUGUUUCAUUUUUCUCUUUGGGUUGUUCUUUUUCGGGGCUGGGAGGAUGAGGGAGGUGAGGGGGAAGCUGGUGGAAUCGAAUCGCUGCAAUGUACUUGGAGUAGUCCGUUGUCACCGUUAAUCCGAUGUGCACGACGGGAGCCGUGGGAUCUGACUUCGAGGUCACACGUUGCUUUUGGUUUCCUUCGCAUCCCAGUGCUUCUUCCAGUGGAGUGGGAUCCUGGCAGCCGUGAGAGCCAGCCGGAGGGCGACUGGGUUUGCAUUUCUCAUGCCAUUUGACAACGCAGCUAAAAACCUCAUUUGCUCCAGGCGCUGCUGACCAGCUAGGUGCCACCUUGGCAGCGAAGCGGUAAAAUCUCGCCGGCAAUCACUGGAGAAACCUCUCGUAAUUCUGCCGACCUGGCCGAGGGAUGGUUCUGCCAGAAAGUCGGUGAACUUCGCCUUAGCACUGCUGAAAGCUGUAACGAAGGGUCCGGUCGUUAGGGUCAGCCAGGGAUAGCCCCUAGCGCGCGGUAGGAGCCGGGAGGGCAGAGUGGUGCCCGCUCGGAGGCAGACGUGGUGGUGGGGUAGGACCCACCAUCGCUCCCUUCAUCACAGCUCCGCAGUAUUUUCCUGCUGCUUACAUUACGAGUGCCAACCUCCUACGGUUCAACCAAAGUUGUAUUCCCGGUGGGGCUACAGGGCAGCCUCGUGUGCCCGUGCUGGUGGAAGAGCCUUGCAACCUCGCUGACAAAUGCUGCUCACAUGUCGGGGAGCUCUUCCAAACCCAAAGCAGAGCUCGUCGGCCAUCCUGGCUGGGAGGACCCGUGUCCAUGCGAGGUCUUUCUCCAGCUGAAUUUCAGUCCUCAAUGGAAAUCUUUGGAGUUUUAUUUUCUAGUAAUAUUUGUACGAUAAAAUCUGGAAAUCCCCUUUGAGUGUAUGAGACGUACACCAGAGUAAUCCCCACCCUGAUUUUGUGUGCAGGGAAGAGUUCAGCAUCACUAAAACCCUUUGAUCACCUCAAAUCUUGAUGCAUCAGAGCCAAUGGAGAACAAAUUUGCCAUUACUCUUUUUUAGACCAGGAUGUCCCACCUGUACGCUGUGGACAGCACGGCACACUUACCCAGGUGACUUUCGAAGUCUCUGUGUCUCAUAAGAGUCACUGUUAUGGUUCACAUGGAGAACAUGGUCCUUCUAAAAUAAAAUUGCCCAACCCCGUGAGCACAAAGCCUUUAUCCUGCGGUUGCUGCUUUGGUAUCCCGAGUUCCUCAUCAGCUACAGAUUCUUGUUUUGUCCUCACGGACCUCUUUGCCGUCAGGAAAAACUCUUUUGUGGCAGGUCAUUCACGCACAAGAAAGGAAAAACUGUGGAAUUACGGUCUUGAUGGCCAAGUCCUUCUCGUGGCUCUUGAUGCUGAGGUCUGAAGUCAGCUUGACCACAAGCUGCUCGUCUUUGGAGCAAACGUUCUCGUAUGCUUGCAUAUUCCAAAUUUCUCUUUGAAAUUUCUCAAAGCCUGGAAGGAAGACGGUGAGAAGACCUUGAGGAGAUGUUAGGCCUUUGAGGAGAAGUUAGGGCUUUGAGAAGGCUUUGAGGAGACUUUGAGAAGACCUUGCGAAUACCUUAGAGCUUUGAGAAGACUGAUAAGACUGAUCACUAACCACAAACUCAAAAUAAUCUCUACUCACUCAUGAAUUUUAUCCACAUCCUGGGAUUUUUGGGAAGAGUCCCCUGAGCUACUUGAAAUGUCACAUUUGGGUCUUUCCCCGCGCCAGAGUACCUUGGUCUCCAUCAACAGCAAAACCCCAGAGUUUCUGUUGUUCUCUGCAGAGGUGCAGCGUGAAAUCCUGCUCUCAGUCGAGGUGAAACAUGGUUGCGGGGUCAUGUUGAGCAAGGCAGCUUUUGGAAAACAGGCAUCCCAACCGCAGCCACUUCUGCCCCAGGAAAAUCCCUCUCCAUUCGCGUGACCCUUCGGUACAGCUCACGCAGUCGCUUACCUCCCCCGUGUCUGUCGCUUGCACAGCAUACGGUGGUGCUGUCCUCAUCCGUGAAUUCCUUUGUGCCGAUUUUUAAGCCCGUUUUAUCUUCCAGGUAGAUAGGAGAAAAAGAAAAAAUUAAUAAUAAAAUCCCAACUGGCUUUUCCCACCUCGAUUUUUAAGGCUCUUCUCCAUGUCGUUCUGCUUCCUCUGUAAGCUUUUUUGCUUGCUUGGCUUUUUCCUAAUCAAUCUGGAAUCAUAUUCUGUGAUCAUCUCUAAAUUAAAUGUGUAAUGGGUUGUUUGUUUGUUGGGUUUUUUUUAAUGUAACACAUUUUUAAAGAAUUAGGAAAAAGGAGAUUUAGGUAACACCAGCAAAAUUGUAUAAGGAAAUUAAUUCUGUUCUGAACUUUAGAAAUAAUAAGACAAAACCUGUCAUCAGCCUGCAGUGAGGAAAUGAAAACUUUGCAAAUGUAACAUUUUCAAAAGGAUGUUUUAAAUAUUAAUGUCUGAGUGAUUGUAUUAGAUCAGCAAUAAAGACUCUGUAAUCUCAAAACACAAAUAAAACAUUGGAAAAC